CUGAACUGGUGCAAAAGUUAGAGUGAGAAAAAUAUACUUGUCUCACUUUAACUUAUUGCACCAGUUCAGUAGUUAGUUGAAAGGAACAGACCAAUUGCAUCAGUUCAGCUGAGAAAGAACAGACCAUAGAUUUGGCGGUUAAAUGUUCAAAACCAGCUGCCAGAUAACCUGCGAUAAUCGUGCAAAUUACGGUUGUUUACAAUGUCAGGCACCGGUGGAAUAACGUCUAUACACGUUGAAAAAUUGGGCCACACUAUCGAGGAGAUACGAUUGCGUGCGUUGGACAAUAUUAUUUCCAAAUACGAUUUUGGUUUCGGAUGUGAUUGUGAUGCUGUUAAAAAGGAAAUAAUUCUGAGGUUAUUCAAUUUGUUCUCUUUCGAGGCAAUCCCUCAACCUGAAAAAGUAUUGAAUUUGUUGUUAAAGCUGGUGCAGGAUAGUAAAAGUUAUUUAAAUGCAUUUGGCAAACUGAGAUUUCAAAACGAGCUUCAUGAAUUAAGAAGGAAGAUCUCUCCUGAAUGGCAUACAAAAUUGAACAAAAUUGAAGAAGCUGUUCUUCGCGCAGGAAAGAGUGGAACAAAUAAACUGAAUGCACACAUUAAGGAUUUUGCUACAAAUACAUCUUUAGAACAUGACAAAUAUAAGCCACAAACACGAAAUUAUAGUAAAUAUAAAAAUAAGGAUUAUGGGAGAGAAAGCUAUGAAGAGUUAUCUACUACUCACCAUCUAACAUCUGUUUUGGAUAAUACGAUACCUUUUGAUAUAACAUUGGAACAUGAAAGUGAUGCACGAAUUUCUAAGACAACAGAAGGUGGUAUCAAGUGGCUAGUAAUGCCAUGGCAGCCACUUGUUACAUCAGACAAAGGAGUACUUACCGCAGUCGAAGAAGCUCUUAACAAUAAUAUUGAUACCAAUCUCAUAUUACACACAUGUCAGUUUAUAACAAAUGUUAUGAUGCAAGAUUUUCCAGCAGAAGUUUUCUUGCAACGACCAGUGAUAAUUAUGAUACUUCAUGGUCUCCUUAAAUCAAGCACUGACGUGUCAAAAACUAAAGUUGCUUGUGUUGUUCCAACUGUAUUGAAGACUUUGCGUAAACUGACACGUUCUUUGAGGUUUCGCAUCUACUACUAUUGUGAACCUUGUGUUGCAAAUAAAAAACAAAAGUUACUAGCUAGUAAACUCGAUAGCAAUGUCUACGUAUCCUCGGAAGCCGGAGAUAGUCCAGACGGUGGUGUACCUGAAGCUAACUACCAAGCGUAUCAAUCGGCAGGGACCAGUGACAGGAGUCAGAGUAUCAGCGAAAAUAUCGACGACUCCGUGUUGCAAUUGCAGCAGAUGUUACUGCCUGUUUAUUGCGUGGAGUCCCUGAAACUUGUUCUUUCGCAAUUAAGCGUACCCGUCGACUCCAACUUUCCUUUACGAAACGUCAAGUACGUUAUGGACCUGACUCACGAAUUGGUGCAACUGUUAAUAAUUUGUGUGAUGCCGAAUAUUUGGCUCUGGAAUGACGGUACAGCCUUGAGGAUAAACGACGACUUGAGAGCAUUGCUUCAUUUAAUGGGGGAACUGAUGGAGUAUUUUGCGAGCUGCAGUAACGUGGAUCACUUGAGAAUUACGUACCUGCAUCUUACCGUUGUUACCAUGAGAUUGCUGUGCAGUAUAGUGCCGUUGGAGUUGGCAGAUGUUGUCAUACCAAAUACUUUAAAAACAUCCAUAACGACUGCCAUAAUGGAUGCGCCGAUAUUUUUACUGCAUCCAGCGUUGCACUCUAUGUUUUUAAAAUAUGCCCGCCAAUUUCAAAAUGCCCAAGAGCUGGCAUCGAUAAAACUGUUUGAUGAAACUAAAAUCGUUACAAAGUCCAUGCAGGCGUCUAUUUCUAUAUUAAAAGGAUCAAUAGAGCAGUCACCUUCGGAAACGUUGAAAGUGUUAUACGAGUCUAAACUGAGUUUAUCUUAUCAUAAAAAUUUAUCUAUCGUUAAUAUAACUAUAAAGUUUUUACGAGAUCUUCCAAAAUAUUGUUUAAGCAACGAAGACUGCGCGUUAGUGACGAAACUGAUACUGUACUUACUAGCGAACGCAGACUUAGAUGUUCAACAUGCGACUUACGUCGAAUGUCACACUCUGGUCGAAAGUAUUUUAGGAAUUGAAUACAGUAGAGAAAAAUUAUCAUGGGAAAACUUGACGUUUUUGCUUGAACCAACUGUUUUGACGGAAAUUAUUUGUCAUGGCGCAACGAAUGAAGAUAGCAGGAUAAAUGAGAUGUCGAGAGAUAUACUGGUGCUUAUACUGAAGGGAAGAAUACAGAUGGGUGAAACUGGAUGGCUGAAGACUUUAGAAGUUUUUGUUCCUGUGCUACAUCUUUUGCAAUGUCACGCUGAUACGCUCACACCUUUAGGUCAAUGCGUGACCAAAAUGUUUGAUCCUGAUAUUUCCAAUAAUAUACAGUUGCCAUUUAUUGAAGUAUUAAAAGGCAAUUUAAGAUUUCUCUACGCGUCAGAUAGUGACAUUCGAGAAGAAGCGUUAUGUCGUUUAAUCUGGCUCCUUGGAAAGGAAAAAGAUUCUGUCCAAAAAUUACCGCGUUUGUCAUCUUUACACGGCUUGCCUCUUAAUUCGCUUUGCAUAUUCGAGCGUAAAAACUUCGUCAAGCGAUCAGAAGGCAAUUAUCAGAGGAGCAAUAUGUUAUCAGUGCUAGAAAUGCUGAACGAGCCAAAUGUAGAUCCAAAGAUACGGAAAUCCGCAUUAGUACAAAUUAGCGUGAUGCUUUCCGACACGUCGUUGCACAAAUUGUUCGUUAAUCAAGGUGGACUACCUCUAGUAUUGGAUAUUUUUAAUAGAGCCCUGGUAGAGAAGGAUUACGUGAAUUAUCCAGAUUCUGCGAUACCGAUAAUCAGCAUAUUGAAACAACUCGCAUCUUUCGAAUAUUCCGUACGAUACGAGUUGUCUAUCCAAAUUGACAUUCUCUUCAAUAUCAUAAGAAGCCUCUUCCUGUUCCCAAAUAACGAAUGCGUGAAAUCUGACGGUGCGCAACUACUAUGCUUACUUCUAUAUAGCGAAUAUAUCGUAAAAGUCAAUGAGAAAGACGUGGAAAAUAGUGUUACAUCGCACAUGUCGCUGCCCUGUAUUGUUCUGACAAAUAUGAAAUUGCCGUUUGUCUGCAGAUCUCAUUGGAAGACUAGUAUACACAGGCGAUCCAACAUGUCGUUACUUCAUGGCAGCAAUUCGGUGGCUCAAACUUUUAUCCGACAGUAUUGGACAUGGGAGUGGAACGACGGUGUAAACAUGUUAUGGAAACAUUUAGAGGACUUAAAUGACUCCGAAAUCGCAUCGAAAUUGAUGAUUCUUGAAAAUGACUUCCUUUCUCUGCGAUAUAGCUUCCCUCAAUACUGUUGUCAACUGCAACUCUACAACAUUCAAAAUUCCACUACGCAUUAUAGCGUUAUAUGUGCGUUAGAUUACCUUACAAUGUAUCUGAGAUUUUAUAAAGCGGUCGCACGUGACGAUGAAAAAGAUAUCGACUCGUUGCCGUGGGAGCAAACGUUCGAGCGGUUUCUAUCGUCGCAUCCCACGAGCAAAGAGGACUGCGACUUGUUCGUAGACGUUCUAAUUUUCUUACAAUUGUAUCUGAAUGUUGCAAAGAGUGGGAAGAGCUCGUGGAUCGGAAAAAUAAUGAAAAAUAUGACGAGAUCGUUGGCGGAUUUGUUUAAGAAUUUGGAAAUUGACAAUCAAGACGUACACCAAUCCAUACUUAAGUUGGUACGUACAUGCUCGGCGAUUGAAAAGCUGGAGAAAUCUAACGACGAACCUAAAACUACGUGGAUUCGAUUCGUGGAGUUUGUUGUUUCAACAUUGUGCUUCGGAGAUCAGCAACAUUUCUACAAUCUCGCUUAUCUUGACUGGUUGCUAACAUGUUUGACGUAUUUGAUCGGACAGUGCGAAUGGAAAAAUCAUAGGAACCUACUAGUAUCUCUUUGCAAUACGCUAAUCGAGUUAAUUAUAUCGUUUCACGGUGCUGGUACUGUUAGUUUUAUGGGCUUGUCGAUAACAAGGAACUCGAUAAUAUGUCUCAAUCAUUCGUUAUAUCAAAUGCAAGUGAAUUUUAAUAAAAGCUCGUGGAUAGUAUUUUGGUACGAAGAAGGCCGGUCGUUGAGCUGGUUACCCGUGUUAUGGCAAAACAGGGAUCCUCUGGUUCGCGCUUCAGCUUUACAGUUACUGGCGGGUCUGAUGAAUACGCUACACACCGCGUCGCAGCUCCUCAACGCGAUCGCGAUGGCACCGAGCGAUUUGUGCCACACGUUGCUGCAGUGCAUCACAAAUCGUGAGGAAUCUUGCUUAGUGAGGGAACAAGCGUGUAUUGCAUUUUGCAACAUGGUGAAGAAUUCCGUGGCCUUCCAAUGUGAGGAUUCUUUGCAACCGCAAGCCAUCUUAAUAUACGUCGAGCAAUGCAACACAUAUCAUGAGAUCAGUGUUCUCUGCGCCAAUAUCUAUACGUUAACCACGUUGGAUGCCGAGGAGUCGGAAUAUCAAGGAAACGACGGCAAGGCAACUUCCGUGCAGUCUGGUUACAUUUCAUUGGUACCACGCAUUGUGUCGCAUUUGUACAAUUGUCAGGAUGAAUUACAACCCUUUUCCGUCCGAGACUCGGAUGUAACAGACGUGGAUACUUGUAUGCAGUUAAUAGCGACACCCUCACUUAUUGCAACUGCUUGCGCCUUAUUGAACAAUUUGAUAUUUAUUGGACAACACGAGGUGGUCGCGCAAAUCUACGAACAUUCCAUCGAUAAGUAUUUAUUCGGAUGCCUGACUGAAAUUCCCAAAGAUGUUAGAAGCAGGAGAAGUUUGAGCCAUUAUUCCGACACGUUAGAGAUGUAUAUUAAUAUCUGCACGGUUCUAACAAACUGCAUCACUCACAGCAACCAGUAUAUGACCGUGGUUCUCUUCUCCGCGGAUUCACUCUAUAUCUUGUUUUGUCUUUUGGACAUCAAUUUGUAUCAAUCAACUGAAUCACACUUGACACAUCUGCGCAACAGAUUGUGGACGGAGAUCUACAACUUCAUAGCCGUGCUCUCUUUAACGGAGGACCAGCAUUUCGAGGCCAUUCAAAGCGCUCUGGAAUUGUGCGGCGCGGAAACAGUGAUGGCUUCCAUUUGCCUAGCGAUUAAGGACUCCACAAUAGAUCUCCGAAUGAGUGCUAUCAGUUGCUUGGCUUUUCUGUUGUCUCAGGAGAUUCAGAAGGACUCUCUGGGACGAAGCAGCAUCUCAUUGCAGACGGUGCUCGACACUAGCGUGAGGUAUAUCGCGGCUGAGAACAAAAGCGACGGCAUCUUACGAGAUGUUAUAUCGAGCGUGAACAAAUUAUCAAUAAGGGACGCGAACGCAUAUUCAAGAAGGUCGAAUGAAAACAAGAAGGACUCGUCACGUCCGACAGACGACAAGGCAGCGAGUCAAGAGCAGAUCACGAUAGGUAGCGAAUUGUGCGAACUCCUGCUGCAUCUUUUUAUCGCGCACAGCUACACUAAGAAGAGUUACAAACAAUCGGAAGAUAAGGAUCUCAUUGUGGGCGCCUUAACCAAUCUGCUUUGCGUGUCGAAAGAGGCGAAACGAACAGGACUACGGGGCAAUCUGUCCGAGACAUCGCUAAUGAUCUUAAAAGAACAAUACGUCAAGCUGAAUCUUCAACCGUUCGAACUUUAUAAGAAGCAAGCGGGAAGAAAGACUCAUCCUCUGCUGCACGAUAUGAACUGCAUCUUUAUGCUUCUCAUGAAUUUCAUGUACGAAGACACGUGCGUUAAGGAAAGCCUGAUGAAGGAGGGCUUAGCGGACGUGGUGCACAAAUUGUGGGCUUGGAUAGCGUUGAACAAAACAGUAUCAACGUCCGCUUUGAAGCUGCUGGCGACGUUCACGACGAAAUGUACUCUUGCUGCGCAAUCUUUAACGUUAACGACAAUAUUGCCGGGAAGUGGAUUAAGAAAAACGCCAAACACACUGGCAUUGAUACACGUUAUCAUGCAAGUGACGUGCAAAGAAAUCGACAAAGCCGACAAACUUUUCGAUAAUCAUAAGUUGCACUUUGCAUUUCACAUUCUACGAAACGCGGUGCACGUGCACGAGUGCAGAGUUUGUAUUUCAAAGGGUAACCUCCUUCAGUUCUUUACUAAAAUACAUCCCAUUGUAACUAAAAGAGCGAAGCCAUGGCCAUUGGUGGAAAUGUAUUGCCUGGAAUUCUUAAUAGAUUUUACUUACUACGAGGAGGGACAGUUGUGUGUGUCGAAGGCUGUCGACGCUUUGGACGUGUUAAUCAACUUGGCAAAGUGUUCCUCGUCGUCGAGUAAAGUUCUCGCAAUAUCGAUACUACGCAAUUUGUCGUUCAACAUGACAAAUAGACCCCGACUUCUUAGCUCAGUGGAUUUCAUCAACUUGCUGCAUGACAUUUUCAAGAACGGCUCGCCCUGCGAAGUUAAUCUAGCUGGCUCCAUGCUGUGGUCCUUGAUCAGCAACAACCAGAAGGGAAAGCUCAUCGCGCGAAGCGCCGGCUUCUCCCAGAGCAUACGAGAGGCUCUUGGUAGAUUCUCGCUGGUGAGCGUUGACGCUACCAAACAGGAACAAGAGCUAGUCAAGGUUCUGCAAUACGUACUGACUAUCCUCAGUCCGGUCGAAGCGAAAAACAGUGGUACGAUAUAGACUGCGUUCGGCGAGUACUACGGUUGAGUGAUCGACUCUUAGAAGAUGGAUGUAAUCGAUGGAUCCAAAAAUAUCUCUGAAGACAUGUAUUAUCUCUGAAGAUAAUUUUUGCUCAAUGGUUGCACAACUCUUGUGUUCGCUGAGCGAAACUUUUUUUAGUUGAAAUAGCCGACAGGCUCGCGAAUGUUGUACAUAACUAUUUUUUCAAUCAAUGUUACAGCUGGCGCGUAUAACGCGUUCCGGUGUGAUAUCAGACUCUAUAUUAUACAUUAAUAUAUUGUAGAGACGUUGAAUAUAUUUUCGUACGACGAGAUCGUCCGCAAGCACGACUAUAAAUCAGAUAAUAGACCUCCCUCGCCAUACACGCGCGCUCCUCGGAUUUCAUUUGCAGGCGCUCGACGAUUGAAGAUAAUGUGACUUAAUUUCUGCGAUGAGCGAAGCGCGCGCAAGUAACACUCCUGCUGCGGACGCUAACAUUCCGCAGAGACCUGCCUGCGAAUUGUAUUGCUUAUUGAUCCAAUCGGGAGAACGAUCUCUCGCAUUCGAUCGGGGAGUUUCUCAUGAAAUUAAUUCUUUUCAAAAGAUAUUCUCCGGGAAAUAUCCUCGUUGUUUUGUGCGCGUCUUCGCUCAUGGAACGUUUCUCGCCGUGUUUGCUUUCAGCCGGGCUUGAAUACCACGGAGCCAUCGCCAACUGUACACGAUAGCGUUGCUCGUUGCAUAAUGCUGCGGCAUUGCAACACUAUUGUGCCAUCCGCCGUUAACGCCGACGGCAUUGUCGCACCGUGCCAGACGCGAAAAGCCGUUUGUUUUUUUCCUUGAACAUUCUUCGGGAGCUAUAAAGGCUGAAAAUCUCAAUAGAGAGUUCUGCCGCGAUAAAGCGAGCCGUCGCACAGACGGUGCGCAGAUGAGAAAAGUGUGGCGAUGAUCUUUCGGAAAGAAGGUAUCUCGAGUAAGCCAUCGGUGAGUUGGCAUUAUAUUAGCUAACAAUCGCGUGACGUGAAAUCUUGUUGCUAAGCUCGAGAAUGAAAGACGCGGAAGAUCAAACACGGCAAUGAAGAACAAGCCGUAAGAUAAGAGGUCCCAUUUAGCGCUAAGAAUACAAUUGAUAUCACGCAUACGGAGCAAGCGCUCCUCCGAGCCGAGUCGAGUCGAGCCGUGCCACCCCGCUCGUUGCCGACGAGUCGAUCGGUCGACUUUCAGGUCAGCAGGUAUACGAAGGCGUUAUGAGGCUGGUUAAAGAAAGCAACGGAUCGUCGUGCGGCGACAUUGACCCAAUUAAAGAAUGAUAAGAAGUAAAGGAUACUCCGUCGUCGCAUGAGCGUGUCGAACCACGCUCGACUUCUAUCUCGCAGGACUGGAACUAGGUUAGUGCAAGGUCCUUGCUGACGUGCCGCGACAUGUAUAUGUAUGAAGUUCGUUCUCUCCGGACCUGUCCUUUCGUGUGAAAAAUGUCGGGCAUUUGAAAAUCGCGCGAGCGGAGAAAUGUACCACGGCAUUGGCGCGAAUUGUGGACGAAGGGACCGAGCGAGCGAGCGAGCGAGCGAGAGGCGCGUUGAAAAUCGAAACGCUUAAAAAGGCUUAACACGCUUCAUAUACGAGCGUGGUGUUCUAAUUAUAGCCAAGACCUCUCGCGAAUCGCGUCGCCAUAUGGAGAGCACGAUCGAGGCAGAGGCAGAGAGCGCGAAGGGUUAAACAACAGGCUUCGUGGCCAGCGUGGCGCUUCCCGUGGCCGAUUGGCAUUCAGCGGAUCGGCCGGUCCACCGGCCAUUAAUUGCCCAUUAUAUCGUAACGUGGGUGGGCCGCGGAGUGCAUAUCCACCUCUUCUGCCUCCCGCGCCAGGCCUCCCUCUUUCAGCUCCGGCGUCCUCGAAUAGCGAUGGGAACGACACUCGGCGAUUUUUCUUCGAGCCUCUCCGCACGGAUCCUGUUUGAUCCCGGGACGAGUGUAACGAGCGUAUGUCCGCGGAUAUGUGCUCUCAGCCUCGUUCUCGUUCGUCUCUCUCGUGUCUUCGGCCGAAACCUGUUCCGCGCCUCGCCUGUAAGUUCGCCCGGCCGUCGUUUUUCAAGGUUCGUCGCGCGCGAUGCGCGAGCCGACUCGGGCCCAUCGCUAGCUGCGAAUACAUACGGAGGCAUAGAUUUAAUGGAAUGGUGGAGCGGUCGUGCCGUCCAUCGCGUGUAUAUUGUGUUCCAGCGGGCACGCUCACGUGACACUCGGAUAGAUUUGCGUCAAUGGUGACCUCCGCGCGCUCGCUCCGCGGCCACGCAUACCGCUGCUAUGCCGCCUUGCCCCGUACGCGUGUACGCGCGCGUGGGACCGACCGCGAGAGCGAGAGAGCGGCGAACGAGACAAGGCUUUUUCGACUCUCUUCCUCGUCUCUCUUCCUCUCCCUCCCUUCUUCCUUUCCUCCCACCCUCUCUCUCUUUCUCUCCGUUUCUCUGUAAUUCUUCGUUGUAAUUUUUCUCCGCGAUUAGACGCGCUCGUCGUGGCAGAUCCGCAGAUUUUUCUACGACGAUAACGAAUCUGACUGGCCGGUCGACUAGUUGACUGGCUGUUUUCCAACGAGUAUUGGCGCCGGGUAGACGUUAAAAAUCCCCACGUUGUCGUGCCGUCCGUCGAACCCGGGAACGCGAAAUCGCGCUCGAAAAUUUCCACGUUUAGCAGCGGCCUGUUUGCCCGGCGAGUGGCGGCUCGUUAGCGCUUUCGCGCGACUCUUCCUCGGCUCUCGUCGCCGUGCCUUGCCAAUGCUGACGCACGAAUUUCAAGCCGAAGAUACCGCUAGCGAGAGAAUAGUCGAGUUUCUCUUGAUCGUAUUACCAUGCACGUAUCCGCUUAUCCGCCGUUUUAGGGCCGAGCAGCUCUAUGGGCGAGGGAAAAAGAGCGAAUAUUGCUGAGAAAUAAAGGAAAAAUAAAGGAAAAAUAACGAACGUGUCGACGUCAAUGGAUAUAAUUGUCGCCGGGCGCGGGCGAUCGCUGUCCUUUAUUCUGCGAACGUGCGAACGAUGCGUCACGUGUACACAUGUGCAGUGUCUAAAGUCGCGUAUCGGAGAGACGACAGAAUUGGAAUUGAUAUCGCCUAUCGAUUGUCCGGUCUCGUUUCUAUAUGUGUAAAUAAUAUCGUAAAUAACGCGCGUUAUAUUACCCGCGUGCGUCGCGUCGCGUCGCGGCUCUACGCUUUUGCGACCGAGCGCGGCUUAUUAUUAUUAUUAUUAUUAUUCUUGUAUAUACGACUCUCUCGCAGAGAUUCAUCCGUUUGGCCUGUCGACGUGGCCGGGGGUUCUCUGAAUUCAGAGAAACAGGAACCAGGGACCCGGGGACCCCGAGGAACCUGUUCCGACCCGCCGAAUUUUAUUUUUAAACGUCUUUGAUGCAACGCCCGAUUCGUCUUCUUCGGUCUCAUUAAAUUGCUAAUCGCGCGCAAAGACGUUAACGGCUCGUAAAAAUAACAAUAGACUUGCGCGAAUCGAAAGUGACGUGUUGACGCUUGUUUUUCACUCGUCGAACAAAAAUCUGUCGGGCCGCUUCAAGGAAGAAGCGAUCAUGAGUCUUUUCUCCCAGCGUGAACGCGCGAGAAACGAACAUUUUCGUGUGCUUUCACAUUACAUGAAUUUCCAUAUGUUUUCAAUUUUAACGUGUCUGAGAAGAAAACGAUUUACGAUCGAUCUUCAGAUUCGCCAUCUCUCGAUCUUCAGAUUCGAGGUCUCUCUUUAAAGAAGCAAGUUUUGGUUUGGAUAGUCGAACAAAUAGGAAAUUUUGUAGAUUCUUUUCAAGGAUAUAAAUAAAGAUGUCGAUAUAAAGGAUUUCGGCCAUAUUAUUUAUCAUUGUUUUAAGUAUAACAAAAUUGCAUUUUUGUUUAAAGGGAAAAUGAACAUUUAGAAUAGCAACUUCUUUUACCUGGGAAGUAAUUUUGAAAAUUUGCCAAAGAAUUUGUACUCAAACUUAAUAUAGGACUUAUUCAAAUUUGCAAAUUUAAUACAGUUUUUAGAUUUUCUGGUUCCAUUUGUUUCAGAUUAUUGCACGAGCUCUAAUAAAUUAAUUAACUAUAAUGUCGUCCACCAACUUAGAGGUGUCCGGCGACACUGUGCUUAGCAGAAAGAACCUCGACAUAAUUUUUACUUCUUAAGGUAAUUUUUUUUUAAAUUAAAAUAAUGAUGAAUAGUAUGGUCCAAAUCCAGUAUUAAUAUUUUAUUCAUUUCUCUAAAAAAAAUUCGUAAAAACCUCUUGUUCGUUCGGCCAUCUAAACCAGAAUCCCUUCCUAAAAAAAAGCCUCGACGGCCAACGUGGAGAUCAAUCAUGAAUCCUUUUUUUUCAAAGUGAAGUCGUAAAAAUUAAAAGCAUCUAAUCAUGGAAUCUAAUAUAAAACCACGUUCGCGUUAGGUAAAAAAAUUCAUUUUAAUUUUUUUUAAUUAUCUAAAGAACUUUCCCUUAAAACACAAAACCAUCGAACGCUCGAGGGAGAAAGAAAGAGGCACCACAUAAUCGCACGUUGCACCAGUUUUCCGUUACGUAUGGGAUUAGAUAACGCCAGAGGAAGCGAAGGCAGGAAAAAAGAUAAAUUCGUCGUGUUCAUCGCGCGAUAAAACAACUAUCGAGACCGAAGAUACUACGUAUUUCACGGUUGGUCGUGACUUCCGGCAAACGGCUCACAAAUUACGAAUUACCUCAUAAUUUUUUUUCUCGUUAUACGAUGUAUGGUGAAUAAGAAGAUGUCGGGUGAUCUAUGGGCGUCAUCAGGUCAGCAGCACAGAGUCGAAUUGGUAAUUAUCGUCACGGUUAAUUAUGAAACAGUCGUCAUCGAUUCGUCGCGCGACGAAUUCCGGCUGACCUGGAUGUAGUGCUUUUUUCUUUUUUCGAGACAAUACAUCAGCAUUUAUACAAUUGGAUUGAAAAGAAAUAGAUUCUUAGGAGAAUCAUCUGCCGGAUUUUUUAUUAUUGUUGACAGCGAGAUGACGUCGAUCGCUCAGCUAGAUGUCAGACGUCCACUUUCGUUAGUCGCUCGACAGAUCGCUCGCAAACUCGUCGUCGUUCGCGCUCUCGUUAGAAAAGGAAAAGCCUCGGCAAGGGUUUAAUGCGGCGAUUUGACGCGAGACGCCGACGUAAAACUCACGAGGCGAGACACACGUUCGCCGGUACGCUCGUCAACGUCGGACAUUGUUAUCAUCAUUGUCGGUGCGCGUGGGCGUGCACGUCCAAGGGCGAUUCGAGGAGCGAAGUCGCGCUCGAUUAACGUCGAGAGGAAGCAAUCUCGUUAAAGAUGCUCUAUUAAAUUACCUAAACGAACGUCGUGUCGGAGAAAAGUUGCGGGAAGAGAGUCGCCGAGCGAAACGGCCGCCGUUGCGUUGCGCCACGACGUCGAGUUUUCGCUCGUCGAUUUGCUUGCACGCGCGCACAUUUUGCGAUAGUUCAACGUAUUAACGCAGCGAAUGUCGCGGAAAGCGAAUAUACAUGUCUCAUUGUAUCGGCCUGCAUGUCGUCUCUCGAGCAAAAAACGAAUACGAAUGCGAGAACAAUACGGGAAAGCGUCCAUAUUCUGGACGCGUGUGCACUGAGGAAAUAAAUGCUCGAGCAUUUAUUUGUGGGAUAUGAAGUAUUGAUUUCACAGAUAAAUUUUUGAAGUAUUCUUCGGUGUAUUCGAACACGUUAAAUCCCCAUGUUAAUAGUUAUCAGCUGAAAUUGGUAUCACAUAAGAUACUCAGAUUUUUACUAGCUGUUAGGUGGUAAGUUUCUCUGCUCAUUUAUGAUAUAUUUAUGUGAUAUAUUUACAUCUGUAAUCGUGGUACUCAACUGAUAAAACUCACAUCUAGCUCUAUUUAAAUUCAUGUCUAAAGUCUGUACUAAUAGUCAUCACUUGAAACUUGUCUCAGGUAAUAUUUAGAUUUAAAUAAUUAGAUUUUUAUCUAGAGUCACAGAGUUAGAAAGUUUUUCGGUUGAAUUACGAUAAGAUUGACGUUUAUAUCUGUAAAUGGCGAUUUAAUUGAAAAAAAAAACUCAUCUAACUCUAAAUUGAAAUCUGAAUAUAUCACUUGAGACGAGUUUCAAAUAAUGACUAUUCAUACGAGUCUAAGCAUCUCACUUGAGAUAAGUUUCAAGCAGAAACUAUUAAUACGGACCUAAAUGUGUCUUCCUGAUUCUCAACGUUGAAACAUCGUCAUAAAGUUCAUAUAAUAAAAAUGGAAUCUGAAAUUUAA